AUGUCUGUUGACCUAACUGAACCAAAAACUCCACCAACUCAACGUCUUGGGAAAAGAAAGGCUUUGCGUAUAGAGCUUUUUACUAAAGAUCUCUUUAAGGAAAGAAAUAUUUACAAGAUCAUGAAAAUGCAAAAACUUAUCAUGAAUUUCAGUGUCUUAAUUCGUCAUGUAGAAGUUCAUCAUCCAGAAAAAGAUCCAAGGCCAAACAAAAAAGCAAAAAAAUCAGUGACAGAAGAUCAAAGUACAUUAGAUAAAUUCGUAGGUCAGACAGAGAUUCCUUCUAAAGCAA